AUGACGACCUCAGAGAUACUGCGUUUCAUCAGCGUCUUCGCAUCCGCCAUUCAUACAGGCAGCCAAUUUAGCCUCUCAUUCGUGUCCGGAGCAGCUCUGCUGGCCUCUCCCACUAGCGACGAGGCGAACCUGCUCACACAAUUCAGAGUCAUCUUCCGUCGAGGCUUUGUCUUGUGUCCCCCGUUUGCUGCCGUCGCCACCCUGGCCAACCUCGGCAAUGCUCUCAUCAGCUGGCUAUCUCAUCAUGAAGACGGCGGGAACACGGCACUUCGCUUCUUGAUUGCUGGAUUAAUUACGGCAAGCCUUGUCCCUUUCACGCUGAUGUUCAUCGUCAGCAGCGAAGGGCAGCUGUUGGAAAAGGCGGCUGAAAGGGUUGGAGAAGGGAAGGAGAAAAACCCUGCAUCUGCUGCCCAGACCAGAGACUUGAUCAAAUUAUGGGCCCGGCUCAACUACAUGAGAACAUUCUUCCCGCUGAUUGGGGCGCUAAUCUCAUACACCACUCGAUAA